UCAAAUAUACAGGCCGUGUUUCUUAUCAAACGUUUAUAAGGCUAUGCGUGUAAAUAUUUUAAAUUAAAGUGCUGUUUGCAGUACAUAAUGGCGCACAUGUAUUGGGUUAUAUUGGCUUCCCUUUUCGCAUGCACAUUUGCACUUAAAUCCACCACAGGAAGGGAAUUCGUCACUGGAUUUCUGAGUUAUGAUCCUUAUUGCAUUUUAAGACUAGAUAUAGCCUCCAGUACUAAUGGCGAUGUUGAAGUAUACGUACCAUAUCUCGGAAUAAAUACCACCUACUCUUUCAAUAGAACAUUUUCAACUACGUUCGACGAUAGUCUUCAGCUUUACGGUACUCGGAUCGGACAAAACGGCGUUUAUGUUAAAUCAUCAGUUGAUGUUUCGGUCUACAUUACCACAGAUGCAAAUUCAAAUCAACAUGGGUACAGUGAAGACACACACCUAUGCCUGCCUAUUCAAGCGCUUGAUAGAGUAUAUUACAUUUCUAGUUAUUUUCCAAACAGAGGAGUUCCAUCACAAUUUAUGGUGAUAUCCCCGUUCGCGAACACUGAGGUGAAUAUAUCCUUUCCUAACGGCACAUCGAUAUCAAAGACACUGAACCGGUUGGACGUCUAUCAGGAAGCCUCCCUGAAUAGCGAUCUCACUGGUACUAUCGUCCAGUCAAGUAAACCCGUAUCUGUGGUAAGCGGAGUGGCAUGUGCGACUGUUCCUAAUGCCGAUAUUUUUUGUGAUAUGAUUGGUGAACAAAUGAUACCAACUAAUGCAUUCGAAACAAAUUUCAUCAUUCCGCCAAUCCUAUCUUACCAAUUCAUGGUUCGUAUUUUCAGUAGUCAACGUAAUAACAAGGUAUGUGUAAAAGACGAAUUUCUUGAAAAUUGCACAAUUAUGGAUUCACAUGAAUGGUUUGAGUCUGUACCUACUCUUUCGCCCUUAGUCGUCACUAGUCAAGAACCGAUAUCCGUCAUACAAUACAAAGAAAAUCAAGCGUAUAUGACAAUAAUUCCGAGUAUUCGUCAAUUUAUGAAUGCGUAUACUUUUUUUGCACCAGAGGUCUCUGCAGACCACAUUCACUAUAUUUCCGUUACCAUAAUCUCUUCUGCAUCGCAAUUGCUUCGUCUAGACGGCAAAUUACUAAGUGAUCAACUUGUUGACACUGCUCACGUGGUACAUCUAUUCAACAGUUAUACAGUCCUCACAUCCAGAAUUACUUCAGGAUACCACGUGAUGACAUCGACAGAUACACAUGUUGUGUUCGGAUUGAUUGUAUUUGGAAUUGGAUCCGAUGCCGCAUACGGUUAUCCUGCUGGGAUAAACUUUGGUAACUAUAGUAAUGAAUGUGCAUCAUCCCCAUGUCUUCACGGUGGUACGUGUUCAGAUGGUGUAAUCGCUUACACAUGUACAUGCUCAGCUGGCUUCAGUGGAAGAGACUGUGAAAUAAAUAUGAAUGAAUGUGCAUCAUCUCCAUGUAUUCACGGUGGUACAUGUUCAGAUGGUGUUAACGCUUUCACCUGUACUUGCUCAGCUGGCUACAGUGGAAAGACUUGUGAAAUCAACUCCAACAAACAGUUGAUGUGCUACAGUUGUGAAGACAUGUCCAACCUUGAACUCUGUGAUACAGUGAAACAAUGUGGCGAUUGGGAAGUUUGUGUGGUAGAGAGAACCCAUGCCAAGUACAGGUCGGGAUGUGCCAAUAGUUCGAUUUGUUCGACAUAUUAUCCAAACUCCAGUCACUGUGCAGAAUGUUGCAAUAACGACUACUGCAAUGGUCGUGGAUGCGGGGAUGAAGGUUUAGUCUCAAGACCUGAACGAGGGCCAUUGUGCUAUGACUGCAAUCAUGUUCGAACUAUUCAGCAAUGCACGUCCAUAACACCCUGUGAUAAACACCAGUCAUGCAGUGUCGAGGAAUUUAAAUGGCUUGAUCACACAAACUUCAAGCUUGGGUGUGUCGAUUCACCGUGCAGCGCUAUUGAGAACGGAUUGCAACGUUCUUUGCCACGCUGCAAAUACUGUUGUGACCAAGACUUUUGUAACACCAAUUGCACACAUCACCAGUCCAUUGGCAUAAUUGAAACAAGUGCAUACAAUGAAUAGAGCAUUGGUCUUCAUAUAAAUUUCUGCGUUGUUUAUAAAUGGUUUUGUCUUGGAUUGAGAAACAUUGGUGACACGAUGACCAAUCUGGCCAAGCGAUGAGAGUCUGUAUUGACCAUGCUUAUACAAUGUACAAACAUGCAUAUGAAAAAUACAUUUUUAGUAUAAAUUGGUGUUGAAACUA